AAAUCUUUCUAAUGGAAACUUGGUGGAAUUAAAAGAUUGUGGAAGAGUUUGCUGGGUCAACUGACCGGGUCACGUGAUGGCGUUGGCAAGAUGGCGGCGGCGGCGGCGGCCCUGCUGCUGAGGGGAGAGUUGGUCGCGGUCUAGAGCGGCUCCACUUCCACUUACUCCGCCGCCUCUCGCCCAGCUGCGGCCCUCUCUCUUCCCUGGGAUCAAAUUACUCUCCUCCUUUCGUUUUAAAGGAAACGAUUGAUGCCAGUUCUGUGCGUGUUCGUUUUCUGAUUUGCGGGAUGUGUCGUGUCGGCUGCUGAAGAAUCGAAGCUUCACAAUGGCUUUGAGGGAGCUGAAAGUUUGCCUGCUCGGGGAUACAGGUGUUGGCAAAUCCAGCAUCGUUUGGAGGUUUGUAGAAGAUAGUUUCGACCCGAACAUCAAUCCCACAAUAGGGGCUUCUUUUAUGACAAAAACUGUGCAGUAUCAAAAUGAGUUGCACAAGUUUCUGAUCUGGGACACAGCUGGUCAGGAACGGUUCCGUGCUUUGGCACCAAUGUACUACCGUGGGUCAGCUGCUGCAAUCAUUGUGUAUGAUAUCACAAAAGAGGAGACGUUGCAAACGCUGAAGAACUGGGUGAAAGAACUGCGACAGCAUGGACCCCCAAAUAUAGUAGUAGCAAUUGCAGGAAACAAAUGUGAUCUUACAGAUGCCAGGGAGGUACUUGAAAAGGAUGCCAAGGACUAUGCAGAUUCCAUUCAUGCAGUCUUUGUGGAAACCAGUGCCAAAAAUGCAAUUAACGUCAAUGAGCUGUUUGCAGAAAUCAGUCGCCGGAUUCCUUCAACAGCUGUCAAUCCAGGAGCAAACAAAGGAUUCAAGUUGAGGAGACCACCCACUGACACAAGUCGCAGUUGUUGUUGACCAUUCUGGAAGGUCGAACUGACUUGGCAUGCACAUACCAGAAGAUUGAGGGAUUCCAUCCCAUAUAAAAUGAUUGCUCCAGCAUUCAGCUUUUCUGCUGUGCUAUCCGUGAUGGAGGAACAAUCACUGCUCAUAACUAUGUCUCAUUCUUCAACUAAAGUGCUUUACGCGACUCCUUGGCAAGCGCCUUGUCGACGGCUUGAGUUUUCCUCCCCAAAAUGCCCAAGCAAAGACACCAUUGAUCCAGGGAAUGCUUGAAUGAUGUUCAAGAGCUGUCUGAUGCAUAGGUGCAAGAGAAAACUUUAUCUUCUCCAUUCAUGUAAAUAGAUCAAACUAAUUACACAACUAAAGGGAAAAUGAUGCACUUUUUGUUUAGAUGGUUUUGUAACCAAGAAUCCGACUUCAUUGAAGAUGCACUUUGCAGCACCCUGCCCAGAUGGAAUUGUCUGAAGCGAUUUCCUCAUGAAAACAUAUCAAACUCUUUUAUUCACAUAACCACUCCAACAAGAUUCCAACAAGAGGAGCCUGAUCCAUGUGUCUCACCAAGACAGCAGUUCAGACUACAGAUUAUGACAAUUUGACUUUCAGCUCUUGGGAUUGAAAGGAUUUGAAUACAUUCAACUCCCUCUGAAACAGUUUAUCCUCUGCAAGUAGCAACACCAUGUGAGUUGGUGGUUACUGCUGUUCCUAAGUGCUUGGGCGUCAGCCAAAAUGACUAGUCUGAAGAAGGGUCUCGACCCAAAACAUCACCUAUUCCUUUUCUCCAGAGAUGCUGUCUGACCCGCUGAAUUACUCCAGCUUCAGCCAAAAUUACUACUUCUGUUAUGUGGUGAAAAGUUGAGAAUGGCUUUUGCUCCACUCGUGGCUGAUACAAUAAGUGUACCAUGGCUACUGCCAGGUUUGAUCGCCUAUCUAUACCUUUACUUGCUUUGAGCUAGGUAAGGGAUUUUAUAGUUGAUGAGGAAGUAGAAAAGAAUCUACCAUCCAUGUUCCCAAUUAUUAUCUGUUGAUUGCCUGCGGAGAAUGCAUGCAUGUGUGUGACGGGUGAGAACAUGCUGAUCGCUGCUUAUGGUCAAAUGACCCCCCCCCCCCCCCCCCCCAAAGCCUUGCGCAUGAACGAUGGCUAGUUGGUUUCAUAACAUUGUUCCCAAGUGAGAGAUAACACAUUCAGAAGGAUCAGGUGGCACAGUUGGCAACAAUUAUCUAUGUAUAUAGAAGUAACCUAUGUCCAUGGAAUUAGUUUUGAUUCUUCAGUUCAAUGACAUAGAUUCAAAUAUAUUUUAAACCCAAGGCUACAUAGUGAGGAAGGGAGUGAACGUUUGCGCAGCUUCUAAAAGCAAUUCCCUCAAUUACUUGUAUUCUUCAGUUGGAUGAAGUAAAUGGUGUGCAUUGUUUCUGCUGUCCAGUCCGGGUAUUAGUGUGUCUGCAGACCACAUUUAAGCUAAUGUUAUGGGAGCUUUAACAAGUAUAAAUUGGAGCACUAGUACCGUAAAUUUUAAAGGAAGAGCGAUAUUAACACUAGCUUCCUUGGUCAUCCUGAUUUCACCACUUAAAGAUGAAGCUAUUUGAUGGCCGGACCUUGUUGGUCUUCACACUUAAUGUGGAUGCUCAAGGAACUGCAGAUGCUGGAAUCUUGAGCAAAACGAGAAAAAACGUUGCAGCAUCAAUGGAGGGAAUAUACAGACAAUGUUUGAGGUUAAAACGCUUCUUCCGACUCAUCUUGGAAAGAAGGGUUCCAACCUGAUAUAUCGUGUCUAGUCCCUCCAGGGUGCUGCCCUAAUCCACUGAGUUUCUCCAGCACUUUUUUUUUUCCCCCAACUAAUGGUCUCCUUUUAAUAUCAGCAAAGCAAUUUGAUUUUUGUGGAAUAAUCCAAAUCAGUCUUGAAUAAAUUGAAUGAAUGCUUCUCGGGUUGGGCUCUUCAGAAGAGCUUCUCAGCACCAUUUAACUGGAGUUGACCAUCGGCCAACUACUCAGGCGAUGGAGCUUUUCUGCGAGUUAACCACAGAAUAUUCUUUCCAUUGCCUAGCAUUUUGGCUUCUUCCACCAGAGAUAUUGUCUUUAGGUUAUAUGUGGUUUGUAUGAAAUUUCCAGACCUGGUUUAUGUGAUUUCAGUCAUGUAGAAAACAAACACAAAAGAGUCAAAAUGGUUGAGAAGUAUGCUAUUUUGCAUUAAUAAUUUUGAAGUCCUGUUAGCUCAAGUAGAGAUAUGUUAGUCUAAUGGAAAUUAGCCCAGCCUGACCUAACGUUAUCUUUUAAAUGUGGAUCUUUUUUUCUUUUGACAAACUUUAUUUGUAUGCCAUACAGUAGACUAAUGUUUGUUAGAAGUUCGCAGUAGGGAUUGUCAUGCGCAGAGGAAGAUGGACAGCAAUACAAAAUGGAGUAGGUGAGGUCAGGUAUGCUGCCAUGUGGUUUUUAUCUUCUGAAUUUUGCCGAGAAUAAGAAAAUUAGGGUAAAAGGUUAUGGCACACAGCUCCAGUUCUCUGUCUUGUGGUCAUACUUCUGCAUUCAUGCAAAUGGCCCCUGUUGGCAAGGUUUCUUCAGUCCUGUUUCUGCUAAAGUCCAUUGUAACAAGUUGUUUGGAUGGCAAUUCAGGUACAUACUUUCCAGUACAUCUCUGUUAUUUGCAUGCGGUCUGAGUUUGUAUCUCAAGCCGGCUUUAGAAAUAAGGAUUUUCUAGUGGCUUUAAAGAUCUUGGGAUGCCCUAAAGAGAUUUACAACCAGUAAAGUGUAAAUUGUUGAUCAUGUGGCAGCCAAUUUGCAAUAAUCUACUGCAAGAAAAUUAAGUGAUUUGUGGUAUACAUUGAGGGAUAACUAUUGGCCAAGAUUUUUAAAUUUCCACACUUCCCUUCUCUCCAAUAAUUAUUUAUUAGAAUAAUGCCAAUGACUUCUUUCAUCUGAAGAAUACUACCAGCACUUUCUCAGUACUACAUUGAAAUUUCAGCCUGUAUCUGCAACUAUCUUCCUUAGUGUGAAGUAUAGUACUAAUGGUUGUAAUAUUUUCCCAUUGUUACUCCAUAUCAUCCUUGGUUAAAUGCCAUCUUGAUGUCAAUGGCAGUCGCUCUACCUUGGUUGUGAGAUCUCGAGCUGAGUGAUCCUGGUGAUAAUCAGACGCUACAUUGCCAAGAACAGUUUCAGCACUUUGAGAAUAGACUAGUGAGGUGACAGGCAGUUGGAUUUAAUUUGUUUUGCUUCCGACCUGGAUAAUUUUCUACGUUGUAUAGUAAAUGUCAUUUCUCACCGCAAUGGAAAAGCUUGUCGAGGGCCACGGUUAGAUUUGGAGUGCAGGUCUUUACUACAACUGGAAAGUUGUCUAGGUCUGGAGCCUUUGUCAGGCAGUGUCAGCUCUUUGAAUCUUGUGGAUAAUAUUGAUAAUAUGCAGGUCUAAUUUUAAUUGAUUUGUUUCCUCGUGAGAGAAUAACAGGAGCAGAUGACGGGUUUUGAGGGCCACAUUCUUCCCAUUUCAUCUUCUUUUCUUCCGAUCCCUACCACACAGAGAAAACGUACCUGUUCCGUGUGCUUGACAGCCUAUAUUUUACUUGUACUUUUAUUUAUAUACCUUUAAGUUUGAAACACAAUUAUGAAGAUGAGGUCUGUUUCUCUCUCUGUUGCUUGACUUUUUUCAUCAGGAAGUGAAGGUUGUCCUUCACUUCCAUUCUUGAACACCACUUGCAUUUUGACGUGACUAGUGCAGAGAUUUUCAUGUAAAAGAAAUAAAACAAACUGGAGGUUCCCGGAGGUUGCAGGUGGUUGCCAGAGGUUGCAGGUAGGGAGACUGACAAAAACUUCCGGGAACCGCACGGAAACCUCGGGUGGGGCGCAAAGUCUCCAGAGGUUUCCGUUCAGGUUUCCUAAGUGGGACAGGUGCAAUGUGCGGGGAUUGCUGAUGGGUGCAGACUUGGUGGACCGAAGUAUGUAGCUUUGCGCUGUAUCUCUCAACUAAACUGAAAUAAAUUCAGUUUGUCAAAAAGAUCAGUAAAGCUCUGGCCUGGCUCACAAAAUACACCUGCAGCGCUAACAUUCAAACUGACCAGACACAGUUACAUUUCAUGUCUUACUUAAUAACUGCAUUGCAAUCUUUUUGAGAUGGAUAGCAACCUGACUUCCACGUUAAACACAAAACAUUGACUGUUCCUUUUUCUGCACAAAAAUAUUGUAGUGAGACGGACCUUUUGACGGCAUUUUGAUGCAAGUCAUGAUUUUAAAAGCAGAAACUCAAAACAUCAGCAAGUUCCUGGUGCAGGUUUCAAGUUGCAAGGGCUUCACUUUGUCAUGCAGUGUGUGCACAAUGUUUGUGAAGUGGUUUCAGCUAUCCAGUUUCUAAACCUGUAUGACCAUCCAACAUAGAAUAGGUUCCAACUGAACAAAUCCAAAGCAGGCUUCCUACUACAGUUUGAGUAUGGAUGUUAACAAAUCUGAUCCAGUUAUAUGCAUCUUACCUAGCUUGCAAAUAAUGUUAAAUAGCAGUGGUUUAUGAAGAGUGCCCAAUGCAAGUAGUUAAAUGAGCUGCUGCUGGUGAUAUCCGUUGCUUCUCUUGGUUAACGGGCAAGUGAUCAGCAACGCAUUGAUACUUUCUGACAUGUCUGAGAUUCAGCAGCAAAUACUUUUUUUCUGACCUCUGAGAAACUCUGAUACUGUACCACCAAGGUUCUCUGCAAAUUUCUCGACCUGGCAAUAGAGGUAAACCAAUGUUGACAUUCUCCCAGGCCACCAACCCCAUUGUCCAGGCUCCGAUCACACUCACCAUGACUGAUGGAUGGGCAAUAUGGCCUGCAUGCCUGGCGCCAGGCUCCUGAAAUCCCAACUGCACAGUGGUCAACUAGUAGAGCUGUUGUCACACAGUUCCGGCCUCCCAGGUUCAAUCAUGACUUCAGAUGGUGUCUGUGGAGUUUGCACAAUCUCCCUAUGACUGCAUGUAUUUCCUCCCACACCCAACACUCAUGCCAUUUGGUAGGUUGAUUGGCUAUUGUAAAUUGCCCCGAGUGUUUUGAGAGUGGUAGAAUCUGGUGAGUGUGGAGUUGAUGGGCAUGUGAGGAAAAUGAAAUAGGAUUGGGACAGAAAUAUUGUAAAUUAGUGUGAUGGCUGGUGUAAACUGGGCCAAAGGGUCUGAUUCUGUGCUAUAAUACUCCAAUUCCAAGCUCAUCCACAGAAAGAGGUUACUAAAACAGAGAACCCACCUUUGGGACAUUUUUGAAUUCUCCUUGAGAAAUGUAAUGUUCUCACCAAUGGGAAUCCCUGGCCAGACCUGAUGGGGGUGGAGGCAGAGCAUCUGGGAAGGCACUUAAGAGUCGCUGCAACAGGAGCACACAUGGCCAUGUUCAAAUCCCUGUCGGAUUCAACCAUGUCAGAUCCCACGGAGUGGAGUAGAGGCAACUGGCUUUUGUCAGAAGCAUCAUUUUUCUCUAUAACACUCCCAAAUGUUCCAAUCUAACAAAAUGUCUGCUGCUGCUGAGGCACCUGUUCUGCCCAGUUUUAUGAGAUGAUGAAAUACAUGACACGGUGCUCUUACAGUGCUGGAUGUUAAUUUUUCUACUUUUUGUUUUGGUGAUAGAAUCUGUUCUUUCAAAUCACAUCACUGUUUGUUUCCAAAUAAUGUGCCUCAAAGUUAAGAAACUAAGAUUGGAAAUGCUGACAUCUGGAUCAACAUACGAUCAGGGUGAGGAACUCGAGGUCGAGCAGGGAAGGGAAAGGAAUUGCUGACCUUUUUGGGGUCGAGAUCCUACAUCAGACAAAGGAGAGGUGAGAUAACUGGUAUAAAGAGAAGAGGGGUGAGACAGCAGCCAGCAAUGAUUGGUGAACAGAGGAAGAGUGAAGUGUUGGAGUUGGGGAUAGAGACAGGUGGUGGCUUCAGGAUCUUUGCUAAAGUUACUGUACACACACACAUACACCCCAAACCCAGAGUCUCACCACAUAUUGAGAACCUUCAAACUCACCAGUUCAAUUAGCUCAUCUAUUAAAUUAGAUGCUAUCUGGUCCACUGAGUUCCUCCAAUUGUUCUUUUUGGCUUGCUACAUGUUCCAGCAUUACAGUCGCUUGUGCCACUUAGAAAGUUCGCUGUGGCAAUAAAAUUUGCCUUUGACUUGCAAUUAAGUAUAUUUGCAUGCUCAUGUUCAGCCUCUGCAAGGCUUCAAUUGUGCCUGAUGUAAUCAGUUUACUUUCAUACUUGCGCUGUUUGUGGUAUCAUUGUUGGGCCCUUAUGAUUGACAAAACAAAAUUGCCUUCAGCUUUCUCUUCCCCACCUCACUGUCCCAAGCAUCCCUUCCUGGCAUCUUCCCACAACCUCGCCUCUCUAAGGCGAUCCACUUUCAGUCAGAAAAGCAAAUAAAUAAAUAAAACACUAGACCUGUGCAUGAAGAAAUGCAAGCAGCCAAAGCUGCUGCAAAGCCUCAUCCAGCCAGAAGGUUUGCACCCAGUUUGUACUUGCUGCUGAACAGGGAAGAUAGUGAGCCAGGAGCCACGUACAUGUUGCACACAGCUUUUCAGGCUCACUGUGCAUAGAGUGACACAAUGUGGAAACAGGCCAUUCGGCCCAACUUGCCCACACCGGCCAACAUGUCCCAGCUACACUAGUCCCACCUGCCUGCACUUGGCCCAUAUCCCUCCAAACCUGGCCUAUCCAAGUACUUGUCUAACUCUUAAAUGUUGGGAUAGUCCCUGCCUCAACGACCUCCUCUGGCAGCUUGUUCCAUACACCCACCACCCUUUGUGUGAAAAUGUUACCCCUCAGAUUUCUAUUAAAUCUUUUCCCCUUCACCUUAAACCCAUGUCCUCUGGUCCUCGAUUCACCUACUCUGUGCAUCUACCUGAUCUAUUCCUCUCGUGAUUUUAUACACUUCUAAGAUCACCCCGCUUCCUCUUGGGCUCCAAGGAAUAGAGUCUCAGCCUAGUCAACCUCUCCCAAUAGCUCGGACCAUCUAGUCCUGGCAACAUCCUCGUAAAUUUUCUCUGUACCCUCUCUAGCAGGAUACUGUACCCUCUAUUAGAGCAUGAUGCUGUUGGUGUCGGGGUGGAGUGUCUGAAUGAAUAUUGUGUCCAUACACCUAAAUAUUGAGGUGAUACUCUGGAUUGUUGUGUGAUGCUCUACAUUUCUACUUUUGUUCCAAGAAAAUGGAUACAUCUUUCAGCUGUUACAGUUAGACUGAAGAAAUGUUUGUUUUCAUUUAAACCAAUCUAUUUUCUUUCAUGGUGGCAUUGCCAAUGAAAUAAGUAGCAUUUUAUCUUUUCAUGCUCCCCUGAAUACUGUAAUACUGUGAAAGUGGCUGAAGGAGAUGGUGGGUUUCUGCCGUAUGCCCAUGAUGGAGAAUUGUUCUUGUUCAUUUCAUGGAGAACGCUCCCAUCCAGAGACCGCUUCUGAUUAGCACUACUUGCAACCUCGCAUACAAAUCUAGCCUUUCACUCUUAUGGUGCUGGAGGAAUUCUGUCCCAUUAAACCAAGCUCCAGCUGGCCUGACGGAUAAAAAGUAUCCCCUAGCAUAUUCUGAGCAAGUUUUUAUUCCUCCAGUGUCCUUGUAAACAAUUAUGCUUUGGUCAAUAUUAAUAAAACAUUGUCUGAUCGUUAUCACUUUUUCAUUUGUGGUACCUUGCCCUAAUUGGCUGCUACAUAUCUAACCUUGAAACGGUGAUUACAUCUGACAUACUUCAGUGAUGAGAAGAUGCUUUGGGCUCAGAGAUAUAAAAUGUGCUUUCUUAAUACGUCUUUUUACAGGUCAAAACCCCCUCCGGACUCCGCCCAAGAUUGACAGCAUUUUGAUUUGUACUGCUGUAUGGUUUUUAGUUCAAGGAAAUACUGUAGAUAAUUGAUGCCAUCAACUAACAUGCUAAAUUGAAUAAUGACGUCAGCAUUGAUACAAUUCAAGCCCACAGUUCAGUUUGUUCUAAUGCAUGAGAUGUUAUUUGCCAUGAAGGAUUUUUUUGCUCAGCUUAUCUGAUGGGUAGGAAUAAACGGGCUGGUCCCAAAUUAGGAUUGUUUAAUCAAUUAUUACCUACAUAAUAACAUCAGAAAAAAAAUGUAUAACUUGUUUAACUAUUAAUAUUUGUAAUACUGAAGUAUAUUUCCCAUAUUUUAGUUUGUAACUGGUAGAUUAGGUUAACACACCAAUAUCGAAUCACUUAAAGCGGGAGCUAAUAAUUCCUAAAAUCACUACAUGAUCCAUGAUGUGUUUUCUAAUGUGCAAGAGAAAGUUGUAUGCAGUUUCUUAAUAAACUUAAUAAUUUUU